AUGUUUGUCCACUGGUUGGCUGUAUUGUUCGCAUACAUUACCGUUGCAAAUGCAGCUGCAAUUGCAGAAGCGGAAUUACAUGAAAGUGCCGUGUCUGAUAACGAUAUACUAGAUGCCAGUCAUUCUUUACCUGAUUUGGUUCACAUGAAUGCCGUGCCUUCAGAUUGGAAGACCAGCGGAGGUUUGGUUUUGGAGGAAGGGAGACUUCGUUUAACACCAAGUGCAUCCAGUCAAAGUUCGAUUUGGCACAAGACUGAUUAUCAAAUUAAGGACUCCUUCACCAUAGAAUGGACUUUCAGAAGUGUUGAUUUUAUAGGGAAAUCUGAAGGUGGGUUGUCCUUCUGGUUAGUGGAGGGUAAAAGUGCAGGAGGAACUUCUUUAUUCGGUGGACCAGAGGCGUUUGAUGGGCUUCAAAUUUUGGUGGAUUCCAAUGGGCCCGUGGGUAGUUCUGUUCGUGGUAUCUUGAACGACGGGUCUAAGAAAUUGACUGAAAAAAAUGUGUACGAUCAUUCUUUUGCCUAUUGUUUGUUAGCCUAUCAGGAUACUACUAUUCCAACCACUAUCAGAUUGAGUUAUGAUAGGAAGAACAAUAACCUAUUGAAACUUCAAGUCGAUAAUAGGGUGUGUUUCCAAACCAGACAAAUUCAAUUCCCACAAAAUGCGAAAAUGAAGAUGGGUAUCACUGCAAAGAAUGAUGCUAACAAGGAAUCAUUUGAAGUCCUGAAGGUACAUACUCAUAACGGUCUUACUAAAGAAGUUACAAUUCCAAAUGUUAACCCUAUGGAACAGCCUAGAUUGGUAACAAAGAUUAUCAACAAGGAUACUGGUAAAGAAGACGUUGUAGAAACAGAUUUCAUGAAAAUGAAGGGUUUAGCAAAUAAGGUGGACAACUACGAACUUUACAAGAAAUUGGAUAAGAUUGAGGGCAAGAUAUUAGCCAAUGACAUCAGCGUGAUAAACGGUAAAUUAAUUGGCAUCUUGGAAAAUCAAGCAGCGCACUUGAGAAAGCUAGAAUAUCUAUCAACUACUUUAGAAGUUAUUGUGGCUUCAAUGGGUAAAGAAGGUGAAGUAAAUACAGAAUCCUUCAAGGACCUCUUUGUUAUGAAUGAUAAGUUGGAGCAAUUACUUCAGGAUCAAGCAAAGAUUAGAGAGGCCACCAAACAAAGCAUGGAAAAUGCUGGAAAUGGCGUUUCAGUUGACGAAAUCGUCAAGAGACUCUUAAUGUGGAUUUUGCCUCUAAUACUAAUCGUUUUAGUUAUGGCAUACUACACUUUCAAAAUUCGUCAAGACAUUGUUAAAGUUAAAUUGUUAUAA